GAAAAACCUUACGAAUGUCAAACAUGUUUUGCAAGCAAUCAUAAUGUUUUGGAUUGAAAAAAUUUCACAUGGUCAACAGUAUUCUAUUUGUGAUAAAAGGUAGAAAUCCAUGAAGAUUACAAAUUUCAAAACAUUUUGGGAUAAUUUAGAAAUAUUUUCAACACCUGAACAUGGAGAGAGGGUUUGUGUAUUAAGAUUAAGGAACGGUGAAUCAGUAUCAGAUUCACAAAGAAAAAUUAUGGAGAGACUGAACUGGCGACAUGUAAAAAUUGAGGUUUCUGGUGGGGAUAUAAUUGUGUCGGGUGAAAUACAUUAUGCCUUGCAUGAAUCCAGUGUUCGUAAUAAACCAAAAUCUUCUGCAAAUAAUUGUCCAUUUGAAAACGAUUGAGAAGUUAUUGAACGCAAUAUUUCAAAUAUAUUUCCCGAUGAAUUAAGCAAUAAAUAUUUAUUAUCAGAAUCUAGGAGAGUGAAUGUUUUUGAAGAGAAAGAAAAUCAAAAUAAAAAGUCUAUAUUUAGACAAAAACUUGAAGAAGGUAUAUCGCAUAUUUCCUCUAUAGAGAAUAUAUAUAAUGAAAAAAAUAAUAAAACGAAAAUUGGGGAGUUAUUAUGAAAACUAAGAAAAGCUCUCGAAAAAUUCAAUGAGCAAAAUAUGGAUUAUAUGGAAGGUUUUCAAAAAGAGACAGAAUUAUAUUUAUCAAAAUUUUUGUACAUGUGUAAAAUAAUAAACCAAAUUAAGUACCUUCAUGCAAAGGAAAUCAAUAAAUAAAAACAAACAAGUAAAAUCAAUAUCAUUUGACUAUCAAUUUUCGAGGUGUUAACAUCGUUAAAAUAAUAAAACAAGAUGCAUGCAAGUAUUUAUUUAAUUUCAUAUUUAUUUUUGGCUAUCACUGGUGCAGCACCUACGCCGAAUAUAAGAUUAGAUGAGUCAGCUUACGGAAGUACUGAUUUCAAUAUAGUUCUACCUAAUAAUGAAACUAUAAAGGUAAAUCUAUCGGUACAAUUCCUCAAGCAUGUAGCUGAAUCUGGAGCAACAAUAGCAACAACAACAACAAAAACAACAACAACAAUUAAUAUAUCUUCUGAUUCAGAUAAUUCUUUGAAAGCUGACUCAGUUCCUCAAUUUGUAUCAGUAGAAGAAGCAAUCCAAACAUUUAAAAACGAUUUAAUUGCAAAAGAAGUCGCUAUCGGUGGAAUAAUACAAAGUGCACAAGUCUUCUACAGACAUUUCAGAUUGGAAUAUGGUGAAGGUGAAGAUAUUAAAAUACGAUGUUCCUAUGAUUCCAACUUUCAAGAAAAAACUUUAAAAAUUGAUUGUCAAGAGAAUAUCGUAACUUCUGCUAAAAGACUUACAAGCAGUGGUGAGUUAGAGACAUAUAUCGCUUUCAAUACUGAUUAUCAAUGCUCAGCAGAUACAAUAUUAGAUUUACGAAAGAUAAAGCAAACCUAUCAUAUGGAAAUAUCUUAA